AGGCUGGCACUGCAGGGCAGUCCCCAGUGUCCCCAGUGUCCCCAGUGUCCCCAGUGUCCCCAGUGUCACCGUGUCCCCUCAGGGAACCUGUGUGGCGAGGCUGGCACUGCAGGCAGUCACCAGUGUCCCCAGUGUCCCCAGUGUCCCCAGUGUCACCGUGUCCCCUCAGGGAACCUGUGUGGCGAGGCGGGCGCGGCGCAGCGGGCGGUGGAGGACGCGUUCCUGCGGCGGUUCCUGUUCGGGACAUUCCCGGGGCUGCUGGCGGACGAGGUGGUGCUGAAGCGCCGCGGGAACCUGCUGGUGAUCUGUGCCCUGCUGAGCCGGGCACUGCCACCCCACAAACUCUACUUCCUGCUGGGCUACACCGAGACCCUGCUCAGCCACUUCUACAAGUGCCCCGUGCGCCUGGAGCUGCAGACCGUGCCCGCCCGCGUGCCCUACAAGUACCUCUAGGGCUGGGAAUGAACCUUGGGGUCCCCAUGGAAUGGUCUGUGCCCUACAAGUACCUGUAGGGCUGGGAAUGAACCUAGAGGGGUCCCCAUGGAAUGGUCUGUGCCCUACAAGUACCUCUAGGGCUGGAAUGAACCUAUAGGGGUCCCCAUGGAAUGUUCUGGAAUGUUCUCUGUGCUCUACAAGUACCUGUAGGGUCGGGAAUAAACCUAUAAACAUCCCCAUGGAAUGGUCUGGGACAUCCCCCCUGUGCCCUACAGGUGCCUGUAGGGUCAGGAAUAAACCUAUAAACAUCCCCAUGGAAUGGUCUGGGACAUCCCCCCGUGCCCUACAAGUUCCUGUAGGGCUGGGAAUAAACUUAUAAACGUCCCCAUGGAAUGGUCUGGAAUGUUCUCUGUGCCCUACAAGUGCCUGUAGGGUCGGGAAUAAACCUAUAAACAUCCCCAUGGAAUGCUCUCGAAUGUUCUCUGUGCCCUACAAGUGCCUGUAGGGCUGGAAUGAACCUUAGGUGUCCCCAUGGAAUGGUCUGGAAUAUCCCCCCUGUGCCCUACAAGUUCCUGUAGGGCUGGGAAUAAACUUAUAAACGUCCCCAUGGAAUGGUCUCGAAUGUUCUCUGUGCCCUACAAGUGCCUGUAGGGCUGGGAUAACCAUAAACAUCCCCAUGGAAUUCUCUGGGAUGUCCUCUGUGCCCUACAAGUGCCUGUAGGGUCAGGAAUAAACCUAUAAACAUCCCCAUGGAAUGGUCUGGAAUGUUCUCUGUGCCCUACAAGUGCCUGUAGGGUCGGGAAUAAACCUAUAAAUGUCUCCAUGGAAUUCUCUGGGAUGUCCUGUGUGCUCCACAAGUGCCUGUAGGGCUGGGAAUAAACAUAUAAACAUCUCCAUGGAAUGCUCUGUGCCCUACAUGUGCCUGUAGGGCUGGAAUAAACCUGUAAAUGUCCCCAUGGAAUUCUCUGGGAUGUCCUCUGUGCCCUACAAGUACCUAUAGGGCUGGGAUAAACAUAUAUGUGUCCCCAUGGAAUGCUCUGUGCCCUACAACUGCCUGUAGGGUCGGGAAUAAACCUAUAAACAUCCCCAUGGAACGCUCUGGAAUGUUCUCUGUGUCCUACAAGUGCCUGUAGGGUUGGGAAUGAACCUAUAGAUGUCCCCAUGGAAUGUUCUGGAAUGCUCUCUGUGCCCUACAAGUACCUGUAGGGCUGGGAAUAAACCUAUAAAUGUCCCCA